AGUUUCCCAACAUUGUAAUUCCCCAUGGCGUCGCAUGGGCAUCUAGCACACGGUGUGCUUCAAAUUUUGGUCAACCUCCAGGGUGAUGGACAAGACCUCGGUAUUGCAUCCCUGCUUCGAACAAAGACUCUGGAAGGUGUAGAGAAUCCGAUUUUCUUCAUAGCGUUUGUCAUUUCAAAAGGAAUCAUCAACUAUACGAUAAAGCAUAUACUGCUGCAUACAGUUGGCACAUUGAUGGUAUCACACUACUUCCAAGACCAUCGCCUCACUUUAAGAUCUCAAUCACAGCGCCGUCACUCCUUUCUUGAUUUUCUUCGCAACGCAAUCUCAUCACCUAGACGACUCCGCCGCGACCUCACGCUCGGUAUCGCAUACAACACUAUGUACACCAUCCUUAACACCAGCCUCCAAUCUAUUUCCUCAAACACUGUUUGGACACUAUCAUCUCAUCUUGUAACAGCCACUCUUCUAUUAUCUUUCCACCUUCGCUGGACGGCCAUAAUUGUCUCAUCGAAACCACUUGGUCUGUGCGUUCCCAAGCGUCCUCAAAAGGAUCUGAUAAUCCCAGUUAUCGCGUACACAUGUGCGCAAGAGUUGGCAGAAAACGCCCCAAAGUGGCUGUAUGGCUUGAUGUUGACUGCUCAUGGAGGAAACUUGGAGAGUAUGCGUGUUAUCGCUGCUGGCGAUACUGUUGUGUUGGUGCUGGGACUUACUUCGCGAAUGCUGGUUUUGUAUCCGGCGUAUGCCGCGUAUGUUUAUAGCGAAUUGCUGCAUCUUCGAAAGAGGACCGCGAGUCUGCAGUUGAAGGGCACAGAUGGCUUUGGGGAUGCGGCGGUACAAGGUGAAGGAGAUAACAGCUAUGGCAGUGUCUUAUCUAGAUGUUGGAAGAGGCUGGCGGUCAGGUUGGGGGUUUUGCACUUGCAAACAGCUUUCCUUCUUGUCGUGGUAGAAUGUAUCGCUUUUGCUGUGUUGCAUCGAGUUUUGAAGAUCUGAGCACGUCACCGAGAAGGAAUAUUGGUUGGUCAGAGUGAAACGAUUCAUGAUUUUUCAUAUAUACAAGAUCAAAAGCAGAAAAUCAGU